GGUUAAAAUUCCAUGGAUAGUUCAAAGAAUAUGGUAGGGACAAAGCAUCCGCAUCCGCAUCCGCAUCCACAUCCACAUCCCUCAAUUUCCUAACUCUCUUCAAUUUCGAUUCUACUCAUCCACACACAAAAUCCCUCCUUUUCUCUCUCUUCUUUCACCCCUUUUCUCUGCAACCUCUCUCUUUGAUGACAAUGGUGGUGGUGGGUAUAUAACAUGAAGAAGAGUAGAGGAGAGAGAAUUUUGAUGUGCUUCCAUGGCAAGUAGCUGGACUAGUGCAUUCUCACUUUCACCCCACCAUUUUUUUAGCUCUAAAACUCGAAGCAUUUUCUUUAGUUCUGGGACUAGAAAACCCAUUUUUACUCCUAUUCUUUCUUCUGUUACUAAAGGUGGAGCUCCCUACAAAAAUGCUCUUAUAUCUGAGGCUGUUAGAAUUUUGGGUCCUCAAGCAAGGUUCGAAGCAUCAAAGCUGACAGUGGAUUUCAUGGGACAAGAAGUUGAUGAGUACACCAAAGUUGUGCCUAGAGUCUACAUUCUCUCACAUUGUGAUUUCACUGCAAAUUUAACCUUAACCAUCUCCAACAUCAUCAAUGUUGACCAGUUGCAAGGAUGGUACAGCAAAGAUGAUGUAGUUGCUGAGUGGAAAGAUAUUAAAGGGAAAAUGCACUUGGUCGUUCAUUGCUAUGUUAGUGGUCCCAACAACCUCUUUCGUGAUUUGGUUGCUGAGCUACGAUAUCACAUUUUCUCUAAAGAUCUUCCAUUGGUUCUUCAAGCUGUUCUGUAUGGAGAUUCAGCCCUCUUUAAGGCACAUCCAGAGCUUAUGGAAGCUGUUGUAUGGGUUUAUUUCCAUUCAAGUUCGGCGAAGUACAAUUGCAUUGAAUGUUGGGGCCCUCUCAAGGAUGCUGCACAAAAGGGGGACAAAGUCCGUGGCGUGUUAACUACAAAUGACACAAGUACUCCGCAACAACAGAAACUACAGAGUCCCAAAUCCUUUUUCCAAGCUCUAUUUACUUUUCUUCUAUGAGUUGCUUUUGUACAGCAAAUCACACAAUCUUCAGCCAGAAACAAGAUUCUUCUUACCCGCAACAUAAAUUCUUCCAGCUCUUUGAUGUAGGGAAGGCCAAGGUUUAAUCCUCUGUUGAUGGUUUUGUAAGGGGUUUGAUGUUUCAUUUUCAAGUAUACUUUGUCAAACACAUGAUUCUUGGUGCUACUUGGACUGUUUUGUUCAUUGAUUCAUUUAAUUGAUCAAUGGUUAAUUGUUUCUGCUGUAUAGUAUGUAUAUUAUGAUACACAUUUUUGGUAUUUCUUCAUCUCAAAAUCUGAUGAUUAAGAUAAAUCCUUAUUGAAGUUUUGAGAUUUAAGCA